GUGCGCCAACACAUGACCACCAAAAUGGCGACGGAUAAGAUGGAUUUUCAGAUUUCAUGCUCAGAAGUUUUGAGCAACCCCAUCAUCUUAAAAAAUGUGUUCUCGUGCAUUCCAAUGAAAACACUUCAGAAAUGUGCUAGAGUCUGCCGACUCUGGGCCCAAGAAGUGGAAAAUAUCAAGAAGACGCGAAGUGGUAUGGCCUGGCACUACUUUAAAUGUGCUGAGUCCGAGCAGGGGUCAGAUUUGGAGAGCCUAAUAAGGGAAAUGGAGGCCUUCGUGGAGAACCUGUACAUCGAGCCCCAUGUUUCAUUCAUCAUAUGCUCUACAAAUCUACACGAUGAGAAGAUCGAACAUCAAAGGAACAAAAACACACGGCAUGCUCGACAUCGUGCAUCAAAGAAUAAGGAAAAUUUAACUGUCAAUAGCUUUUUACAGAAACUGCUGCCUCCAAAGAGCAGGGUUACUGCAAUAACAGCAGACGGCAUCGUUGGUACAAGCACGGACAUGAAAGUCACAGAGGAGAUGGAAGGCAAACGAUGUCUAUCUCUCAUCUUGUUCUCCCAGUUCAGCAACAUCAGAAUCCAGCCAUUGUAUUAUGAUCAAGAUGAAGGAAACAAGAUUGCUAACUACUGGUCAAGUCGAACAGUCAUUGAUAAUACUGACAAAAAGCUUUCUAAUGAACAAGUGAAAAGCAUCAUCUUCCUCUCUGAUGAAGCAUUUUGUCCACAAGAAAUUGGCUUCUCCUUAUACAAGAUGUACAAGUGUCCAAUGAUAGCUGGUGGAUUUGUUGACAAUGUUGUGUGUCCGUCAUCUUGGUUAAACGAUAGUUCGCGUGACUCCCCAUUCCUGUGCUGUAUGGCUUUCUGUGGCAGAGUGCAGGUCGCUUCUGUUGUUAUCAAGGAUGACGUAAACACAAUUGAGGGGGUGGACAGAAUCAUGAAGAAACUGAAAGACAGUAAACUCUCGGAGAAGAACAGUAUUGGGUUCAUGUUUGCCUGUGUAGGGCGAGGAGAAAACCACUACGGGGAGAUCAAUGUGGAGUCAACUGUAUUUCGAAAGUACUUUCCCAACACGCCAUUAGUGGGCUUCUUUGGCAAUGGUGAGGUGGGCUUUGAGUAUCCCCAUGUGAAGCCUGCAGAUGUGCAGGACUGUAGUGCCAUGGAUGAGGAUGGGAGAAGUAAUCACAAGUUUGUACAGGAGCAGUCUUCCUACAUAGCGUCACACCCACCCAAGAUGUACCAUGCUUACACAACAAUCAUGUCAUUGAUUUCAUUUCAAUGAUUUCAGCUUUCUGUGAUUUGAAGUGCAAAGGCUGGUGAUAAAGGGUAGAAAGUCAUAUCAAUAAUUAAUGUCAUACAUAGUGCAUCUGAAGCUAUGUACUUUUGCAUUUAGGUUUUACAUCGUAAAACAAAUGUGCAUAUUUGUUGCAGUCUGAUUGGUUGAAACAUGGUUACUAUUAUUUCAGAUCUUGAAGCUCGAAAGUCAGCUAGAUUAAUCGGUGGAUGAAUACCUUUCAUGCUAUUCAAAAGUGUUUCAGAAAAACGUGCACACAUGGUAACUGACAGGUUGAUACUCAACUGAUAUUCAAAUUAAUGGCCAUUUGACCUGUACUCAACCAUAUUUACUGCGCUUCAUUUUUCUAUGCAUUCUAUUUCAUCAGCAUGAACAUCUAUUUAAGCAUUGUUUAACAUUUUUUAUCGACAGAUAACUGUCACAAAUUCUAUAAAAUCGCAUAGCCGUUCCAUGAUGUCCAGGCAUUACAUGACAUCAAUAGCAAUUUGAAAGAGACUGAUCCAUACAAUAACUGUAGUCUGUCUGUAUAAAAAAACUAUUUUCGUAGAUACUGAAAU